UCCUCAAUAAGCUCAAUACUUUUAUGAAAUGAAACGAACUUCCCUUUAUAACACCGCUCUGGCUCAUAUUCAGAGUAGCAGGCACUUCCUUCCCUAUUGUAGGUCAGGAGCCAUGUUGCCUCCUAAUGUCAAGGAGAUCAUGGCCUCCCCAUCCUCCCUCUUCUCCGCCUACGCCUCCUUCACUGCCUCCAUGAUGCUUGCCCGCACCAUGGUCAAUGAUAUCGUCCCACGUCCGGUCCAGUCGUACCUAUGGCAGAGCAUCCGCCAUCUCUUCAAGGCCAAGCUCCCUGUCCAACAGCGCCUGACCUUUGUUGUGGAGGAGUAUGCCAGGGACCUGGGCCGGAACGAGAUAUUCGUUGCUGCCGAGCUCUACCUCAGCUCCAAGAUCGGUACCGACACCGACUGCCUCAAGAUCUCCAAGAGCCACGCCAAGAAACAUGUCCUGGUCCGCCUCGCAAAGGAUGAGACGAUACUCGACACCUUCGAAGGGGUCGAGCUCAAGUGGAAGUUCGUCACUGUCACUACCCGACGGGCCCGCGGGUCCUCAGAUGGUUUUGAGGAGGGCCCUCCUAUAAAUCUUCCAGGAACACCUCCGCGUCCAGAAACUAAGCGAUGCUUCGAGCUGAGCUUCGACAAGAAGCACAAGGACAAAAUUAUCGAGUCAUACGUUGCCUUUGUGAUUCAGAAGGCGAGCGAUCUGAAGGACAAAGAGAAGGUCCUGAAGAUGUUCACGCUCGGGGGUAACUUCCAUGGCCUCAUGAAUGGGCCUAAUGGCCUUUGGAGUUCGAUUAAUCUCGAACACCCUUCAACCUUCGACACUUUGGCAAUGGAGCCGGAGCAGAAGAAGGCCAUAAUGAACGAUCUAGAUCGGUUUCUGAGUCGGAGAGAGUUCUACAAGCGAGUCGGGCGGGCCUGGAAGCGCGGGUACUUGUUGUAUGGCCCACCGGGAACCGGAAAGUCAAGCCUGGUGGCUGCCAUGGCGAACUACCUCAAGUUCGACGUGUAUGAUCUUCAGCUCUCAAACAUAAUGAGCGACUGGCAGCUGAGGGAGCUGCUGCUUUGUACUGGGAAUAGUUCGAUCCUUGUGAUCGAGGACAUCGACUGCAGUAUCGACCUUCCAGAGCGAGCAGCACCCCCCCAUGGCCCAACUAAAAUGCCUGAGAUGCCUGCGAGGCCAAAGCUGACAUUAUCAGGGCUUCUGAAUUUUAUAGACGGGCUGUGGUCUAGCUGCGGAGACGAGAGGAUAAUAGUUUUCACAACAAACCACGUAGAUAAACUCGACCCCGCCUUGCUCCGAGCGGGCCGUAUGGACAUGCAUAUCCUCAUGUCCUACUGCACGUUCCAUGGCUUCAAGCUCUUGGCCUCAACCUACCUCGGGAUCACCGAUACCGACAGUAAGGACCAUCACCAUCGGCACGUCUUAGUGGAGAUCGAGGGCCUAAUAAAAGAGACUAAGGUGACACCAGCGGAGGUUGCAGAAGAAUUCAUGAAGAGUGAGGAUCCUAGUCUCGCCCUCAAUGGGCUUGUGAAUCUCCUCAAGAGGAAGACGAUGGAGGACCCAGCCGAUGGGAAAUUGGAGGUUGUUGACGACGAGGAUGCAGGCCAACUAAGAAAGAAGCAGAAAGUUGAUGGGGGAAAUUAAAAAUUAAUAAUGAAAUCAUUUUUUUCUUUUGUUUUCUAGCUUAUGAGGAGUUUUGAGCUUGUUUGUUGAGAUUAGUCAUUACUCGAUCGUCGACUUACUUCAAUAACAAAUUGCAUUAUUAAUGAUCACUCAAAUUAUUUUA